CUCACUGCGAAUCUGCGAUGGCCGUUGCGCAGCGUCUCACCGUGCUGGAGCUCCACCAUUGCUGCUGCCCAACACCUCGUGAUACGUCGCGCCUAGACUUGAGCUCGCUGCGCGCUGGGAGCCCCGCCGAGUUCGCUGUUGAGCACCGCCGCGGAAGACUCUUCCUGCCGUGCGUCGUCGCAAGACUGCGAUCCAUUUCCGAGCUUCGAGGAAUCGACAGUCAAGCUUCGGCGACCAAGAGGUCGAACUCUUCGAGUUCUACAAGGCUGAAGACCCUGAGCAUCUGUUUGGUGAAGGUUGUCCACAUUGCAACCACUGCUCAGGAGAAGACGAAGUCGUGGAAGGAGACUUCCAGGAGUUCCAAGACUACGACGAGUUUUAGGUAUGGGUUGGCGGCAACCCCCAGUCAGCUGCCUGUGAAGGCCUUAUCUUUACUGCGUUUCGCUAGCACUUUGAUUUAACUGUUAAGUUGAUGCCUAUGUGGAUGUCUAUGACUCUGUGAUGUAAUAAGUUAAUACUCUUUUAUGUUAUUAUUCGAGCACUGUGCGAUGAUGUUCAUUUAUGUAAUCGCUGUGUACGUGAAUUCUGAUCCUGGCACGUACAUAGUUCGCAUUCGGUUUGCCUUCUGAAACCGGGUGUGACAGAAGUCUCAUUCUAUUUCCCAUCAUGCUUUUAUGU